AUGAUCGAGUCGAUCCUCAGAUGCCGUGGUUCUUCAGAAACUCCAGACUGUGGUGGCGAUCUGCUCGCCGGUCAGAGCUACGAAUUCAUCAACAGUACACAUUUACCGGCCAAUGGUCAUUGUGUUUGGAGGAUUAGGUCGAUCCUCAGACGCCGUGGUUCUUCAGAAACUCCAGACUGUGGUGGCGAUCUGCUCGCCGGUCAGAGCUACGAAUUCAUCAACAGUACACAUUUACCGGCCAAUGGUCAUUGUGUUUGGAGGAUUAGGUCAGCAGCGCGUGUGCUAGUGUUCAUCGAUGCGCUACAGCUGCCCUGCAAGGAUGCUUGUACUAGUUACCUGGAACUAAAAUAUAAAUCCGACAUGGUCUCUACAGGGCCAAGGCUAUGCUGUGGUGCACCAAAAUCAGGGUUUACAAGCACAGAAAGCACUUUCAUCAUAAUUUACGCCGGCAACAUUUUCACAGACGACUAUCGCUGGCGAGGUUUCAGCAUUCGUUACAGACUAUGUAAGAAUUUUGGUGCUCUAACAACAAAAAGUUAUACAUUCGGUGUUAUACUGGGUUACUUAAGGAAACGUGCUGUGAUUUCUUCAAGACCUAAUGAAAAAUAA